UCGGGGGUGUGGCUGAACAUAUUAGGAACAGGAAGUAUCCUAUUAUGGAAUGGUGGCUCUCUCGCAUAAACUUCCGGUAGGGUGUGAAGCGGAGUCUUUUUUAGAAAUCCACCCGCGAGUGUAUUCUUCUGUUUUAUUCCUCUUUUCCAAACGAAAAAAAUGUCCAAGUCUUUAAAGAAGAUCGUGGAAGAGAGUCGGGAGAAGAACCUCCCAGAGGUGGAGAUGUGCGACAGGGGCAUUUCUAACAUGCUGGACAUCCCGGGACUCUUCACGCUGUCUAACAUCACUCAGCUGGUCCUCAGCCACAACAAGCUCACAGCGGUACCUGCUAAUAUCUCUGAGCUGAAGAACGUGGAAGUUCUCAACAUGUUCAAUAACCAGAUUGAAGAGCUGCCUACUCAGAUCAGCAGUCUGCAGAAGCUGAAGCACCUCAACCUCGGCAUGAACCGUCUAAGCAGCCUGCCCAGAGGAUUUGGUUCGUUGCCAGCUCUAGAAGUGUUGGACCUAACCUACAACAACCUGAACCAUAAUUCCCUGCCCGGAAACUUCUUCUACCUCACCACUCUUCGUGCUCUCUACCUGAGUGACAAUGACUUUGAGGUCCUGCCUGCAGACAUCGGGAAGCUGACCAAGCUGCAAAUAUUGAGUCUGAGGGAUAAUGACCUCAUCUCUUUGCCUAAGGAGAUAGGAGAGUUGGCUCAUCUCAAAGAGCUUCACAUCCAGGGCAACAGGUUGACUGUCCUGCCCCCUGAACUUGGUAAUCUGGAUCUGACUGGUCCGAAGCAGGUGUUUAAAGCAGAGAAUAAUCCCUGGGUCACCCCCAUUGCAGACCAGUUCCAGCUGGGCGUCUCCCAUGUUUUUGAAUAUGUUCGCUCAGAGACCUAUAAAUAAGACUGCUGCACCAGAGCCUUGCAGUAAGAAGGUCCUACAGUGAGAAGCUGCCCCCAACCCCCCUCUUCUUUUUCCACCUGUCUGUACUGGCUGCUCUGCCCAGCUCUAGAGGAGUGUCUGCUGAGAAAUUCUUUUCACUGAUUAAACCCUUUGGAUUCUUCUACAAAAACAGACUGAGAUGAGUGCCUCCCAUAUCUGUUUCCUCGUCAUAUCUGUUUCAAUCCUGAUGUGUUAUGAUGAUGGCUAUUAUCAGACAAUGAGUAGAGCUCAUAACUUUUACUUUUUUUAACUUUAAUUAACUUUAAUGCAGUAAGUAAUGAAGUAAUGCACAUAGUAUGACUACAUAUAGUAUGACUACGUAUAUUUGAUUCAAUUUCUGCCCUAUUCUGUAAAUAGAGCCCUCUAAAUCUGACACACUAGACUGUCAGGCUUUUAGUUUGUGGGUAGACUUCCUGUUUUAUUUUGGUUUCCCUCACUUCCUUUUUGUGUUUCUUUCCUGGUGUCUUUACUCCCUGUGAUUGCCUAUUGUUUUCACCUGUGUCUCGUUUGCUCCUCCCCUCGUGUAUUUAAGCCUGUCUCUCCCUGUGUGUCCUUGUUAGAUUGUCUUCUUCCUUGGGAGUAGUUCUCUGGCUUUUUCAUCAUUGUUUCCUCGUGUACCAACCCUGUUUGUUUCUUCGACCCGUUUUGCCUAGCGUUCCUGUACUUCUGCCUGUCUGCUCCGUGUUCUGGAUUCUUGACCCUUGCCUGUUCUUGGACUUUCCUCCUGCCUCGUGAUUUUGUACUUCUGCCCCGCUGACUGCCUUUUGUGUACCGUAUCCGGACUGUCAAUAAACUGCCUC